AUGUAUAUGCAGGCCAUAAAAAAAGCCGGUCGUUCCCUCCCAUCCUCAGAGACAUCUCCCUUCAUAUUAUUACCUCGCACAGAAAAAAUGCGUUUCUCCAUUGUUGCUGCUUUGACAACAUCUAUGUUUGUCAAUGGUGCAUGUAUCAGAAAGAAUGAUUUUUGCACAGUAGGCCAGCCUAAUUCCGUGUGUUGUGCUGGCUUGGUUUGUGCCCUCCAGCCUGCACGCACCUCAGGGUGGAAACAUCGGUUCUUGCCAGCAUCAGAGGCAUGUCGCGACAGUACGUCAAUGUUCCCACUUUCGCUCUGAUAUCAUGGUUGAUCAGUACAAUACCCAGUUCGAAACCUUUGAAAAUGAUUGAGCUCAGUUUGAGUUCAAGAGGCUAUAUCAAUAGACUAGCUCUAUGGAAUCGAUCAAUACAUGCACCUAGCAGCGUCUGAGCCCAUCAGUAAACUGGUGAGACUCAGAUAUUUGCAGCCGAAGUGGUUCUUUUCCUACACGGCAAGCCACCCA